UAGACGGAUGAGUUAUUGUCAUGUAAAAAGCGCCAGCAAUAAGACCAACCGCUUUGCUAUUGUCCAAGUGGAAAGAGCCAAGUUUAUUAUGAGGACUAUAUGCUCUAGAGACCUCAGACAAGGCAUCUCAUAGGAGGCUUUUUCAUAAAACUAGGCUCUGCUGGUAGUAAGGAGGCCAGUUUGGAGGCAGGCGUUGAGCUGUGCACAUCUCCCCACUCCAGCCACCUUCUCCAUACCCAUCUUUUAUUUCAUUUUUCCACUUGGCUGAGCCAUCCAGAGCCUUUUCAAUGUAUAAAAUGGAAUAUUCUUACCUCAAUUCCUCUGCCUACGAGUCUUGUAUGGCCGGGAUGGACACCUCGAGCCUGGCUUCAGCCUAUGCUGACUUCAGUUCCUGCAGCCAGGCCAGUGGCUUCCAGUAUAACCCGAUAAGGACCACUUUUGGGGCCACGUCCGGCUGCCCGUCCCUCACGCCGGGAUCCUGCAGCCUGGGCACCCUCAGGGACCACCAGAGCAGUCCGUACGCCGCAGUUCCCUACAAACUCUUCACGGACCACGGCGGCCUCAACGAGAAGCGCAAGCAGCGCCGCAUCCGCACCACGUUCACCAGCGCGCAGCUCAAAGAGCUGGAGAGGGUCUUCGCGGAGACGCACUACCCCGACAUCUACACCCGCGAGGAGCUGGCGCUGAAGAUCGACCUCACCGAGGCGCGAGUGCAGGUGUGGUUCCAGAACCGCCGCGCCAAGUUCCGCAAGCAAGAGCGCGCUGCAGCGGCCGCAGCGGCGGCGGCCAAGAACGGCUCUUCGGGGAAGAAGUCUGACUCCUCCCGGGACGACGAGGGCAAAGAGGCCAAGAGCACCGAUCCGGACAGCACUGGGGGCCCGGGCCCCAACCCCAACCCCACUCCCAGCUGCGGGGCGAGCGGCGGCGGCGGCGGCGGCGGGCCCAGCCCCGCCGGAGCCCCGGGGGCGGCGGGACCGGGGGGUCCCGGGGGCGAGCCGGGCAAGAGCGGGGCGGCGGCGGCGGCGGCGGCAGCGGCGGCGGCGGCGGCGGCGGCGGCGGCGGCGGCGGCCGGAGGCCUGGCUGCGGCCGGGGGCCCUGGACAAGGCUGGGCUCCGGGCCCCGGCCCCAUCACCUCCAUCCCGGAUUCGCUCGGGGGUCCCUUCGCCAGCGUCCUAUCUUCGCUCCAAAGACCCAACGGUGCCAAAGCCGCCUUAGUGAAGAGCAGCAUGUUCUGA